AAGUGCUGUGGUGGGGUUUUUUGCGGGCCAGCUCUAGUGCCAGGGUUUACAAGCCAGUACUUUCUGUGUUUGCCACUCUCACGGUCGGAGCCAUGCAGCUGGAUAAUGUCACCAAUGCAGGCAUCCACUCCUACCAGGGGCACCGUGGAGUUGCCAACAAGCCCAAUGUGAUCCUGCAGAUAGGGAAAUGCAGGGCAGAAAUGUUGGAGCACGUCAGGAGGACCCACCGGCACCUCCUGACUGAAGUCUCCAAGCAGGUGGAGCGUGAGCUAAAAGGGUUGCAGAAAUCAGUGGGGAAGUUAGAGAACAACUUAGAGGACCAUGUCCCAACUGAUAAUCAGAGAUGGAAGAAGUCCAUCAAGGCCUGCCUGGCCAGAUGCCAGGAAACAAUUGCCCAUCUGGAGAGGUGGGUCAAGAGAGAGAUGAAUGUUUGGAAGGAGGUCUUUUUCCGUCUGGAGAAGUGGGCAGACCGCCUGGAGUCCAUGGGAGGCAAAUAUUGCCCUGGGGACCAAGGCAAGCAGACUGUGUCUGUUGGGGUGGGAGGCCCAGAGAUAAGGCCAAGUGAGGGUGAGAUUUAUGACUAUGCCCUUGAUAUGAGCCAAAUGUAUGCCCUGACCCCUCCUCCUGGGGAGGUGCCCAGCAUCCCCCAGGCACAUGAUUCUUACCAGUGGGUCUCUGUGUCAGAGGAUGCUCCAGCCUCCCCAGUGGAGACCCAGGUCUUUGAGGAUCCCCGGGAGUUCUUGAGCCACUUGGAGGAAUACUUAAAGCAGGUGGGUGGAACAGAAGAAUAUUGGCUGUCUCAGAUCCAAAACCACAUGAACGGCCCAGCUAAGAAGUGGUGGGAAUACAAGCAGGACUCUGUAAAGAACUGGGUCGAGUUCAAGAAGGAGUUCCUGCAAUACAGUGAGGGCACUCUCACUAGGGAUGCUAUCAAACGGGAGCUGGAUUUGCCCCAGAAAGAGGGGGAACCCCUGGACCAGUUCCUUUGGCGCAAGAGAGACUUGUACCAGACCCUCUAUGUUGAUGCUGAUGAGGAGGAAAUUAUCCAGUACGUGGUAGGCACCCUCCAGCCCAAACUGAAGCGCUUCUUGAGUUACCCUCUGCCCAAGACUUUGGAGCAGCUGAUCCAAAGAGGGAAGGAAGUCCAAGGCAACAUGGACCACUCUGAGGAGCCCAGCCCACAGAGGACCCCUGAGAUCCAGUCAGGAGAUUCUGUGGAGACUGUGCCUCCCUCAACCACUGCCAGUCCCGUGCCAAGCAAUGGGACUCAACCUGAGCCCCCCAGUCCACCAGCUACUGUCAUAUGAGUUAGUCCAAGAGAGGCAAUAGUCUGAGUUACAUGAAAGGGAGAAAGGGGCAUAUUUAGGAAGCUUCUCCUUGGAGAGAGGUUCUGGCUGAGACGAGACAUGAGAUGUGCUCUGUCCAACAGCCCAUAGCAGAGGAAUUAACUUUGCUUGUGGGGGGAGGGAGGCAGUGGGGGAGAGGCACCUUAGGAUGUGGUUGCCCACCUCACCUGAGCCAUGCAAUAUGGUGGUGCUGGAGAUACUGCUUGCACCACUGUGGGGAAUGGACAAUUUUAUAUGAUCCCUGACAAGAAACUAGAAACAAUUCCCAACUUUAGAAGCAGCUGCUUAGCACUGGCAGCUUUCAAGGAUUACAUACAAGUGCAGCAAUUGGCUGAGGGUUCCUACCCAUCUGGAUCUCCUCCUCUCCUCCC